UUUUCCUCACAUUAUUAAAAAAAAAAACCUUGACCACUAUAUUAUAUUCCUGGGAGUAGCGUGAUCGAACUGGUUGUUGAAAGUUGCAGCAAUGGCGAGCGGUGGAAAGGUUUCAUUCAAAGUCACACUCACCUCCGAUCCAAAGCUACCCUUCAAAGUGUUCAGCGUUCCGGAGGCUGCACCUUUCACCGCCGUUCUCAAAUUCGCAGCUGAAGAAUUCAAAGUCCCUCCCCAAACCAGCGCCAUCAUCACCAAUGAUGGUGUUGGGAUAAAUCCUCAGCAGAGUGCAGGAAAUGUUUUCCUCAAGCAUGGUUCAGAACUUCGCCUGAUUCCGCGUGAUAGGGUUGGUGCAUCCCAGAUGGUACGGGAUGUCUGAGUUGUGACCUUUUUCCUUAUCUAUAUUAACUGCUGCAGCUGCAGUGAUAAUGAUACCAUGUAAUUGAUAUUAAAAGUAUCUUUAAACAGAUAAAGUUUAUUAGAAUGAUGAAUAAAUUUUGGGGAGAAUAAUGCAAUCUUCGCUCCAUUCAACUUUGAUUUA